AUGAGGUCUGAGGUCACCACUUGCAUAGCAUUAGGAGCUCCACAGCCACCCAGCGUGCUGGAGCUUAGGUUACUGCAGCCAGGCUCAGCUUGCUUUACAACAGCCUGUAUUCUGCAGUCCAACCUCUACUCUGCCAAGAGCAGACAUGUUCUUGAUGUCUACAACUUCACAAGCACUGUGCUUACUUGGCAGCUUCUGAAUGAGAUUAAGCAGUUACCUAGCAACAGGAGGAGCAGCAGGCAGUCGGAGAAGUACGGAUUUGGCUGCAGCUCUCUGAGGGAGUCCAGAGAGAAGGAGAAGCAACGCUCCACAGUUGCAGUCAACCUGAAGGAUGGCGAAGAUUACUUGGCGAACCAUGGGCGCCUCAGCGAGUCAGAAGCAAGGAGGAAGUUUUGGCAGAUCCUUUCUGCUGUGGAGUACUGCCACAGUCACCAUAUUGUGCACCGAGAUCUGAAGGCCGAAAAUCUCCUGCUAGAUAACCACAUGAACAUCAAGAUAGCAGACUUUGGUUUUGGAAACUUCUACAAGACUGGAGAACCCCUAGCCACGUGGUGCGGCAGCCCACCAUACGCAGCCCCAGAAGUGUUUGAGGGACAGCAGUAUGAGGGACCUCAGCUGGAUAUAUGGAGCAUGGGGGUUGUACUCUACGUCCUGGUGUGUGGCGCCUUGCCAUUCGACGGUCCUACGCUCCCGAUCCUCAGACAGCGAGUGCUGGAGGGAAGAUUCCGGAUUCCAUAUUUCAUGUCUGAAGAAUGUGAGCACUUAAUUAGAAGGAUGUUGGUGCUAGAACCCUCAAAACGUCUUUCCAUUGCUCAAAUCAAAGAGCACAAAUGGAUGAUGACGGAGGUUCCAGUGAACCGACCGGUCCUGUAUGCACAGAACCAAGAGAAGGAAGCUUCUAUUGGGGAACACAAUGAACAAGUCCUGAGACUCAUGCACAGCUUGGGGAUAGACCAGCAGAAGACCAUAGAGUCUUUACAGGACCGCAGUUACAAUCACUUUGCUGCUAUAUAUUACCUCCUGGUGGAGAGACUAAAAUCUCACAGAAGUAGCUUCCCCGUGGAGGCUAGGAUUGACGCACGACAACGGCGACCAAGUACUGUUGCGGAGCAAACCGUUGCCAAGAUGAGUUCGGUGGUGUCUCCAGUGAGCCUCUUGCCUCAAAAUGUAAGGAUGAUGAGGACACCAGUUCUCCCAGAAACCUCAGCGGUGGAGCCUUUCUCUUACCCUCAAACCAGCUGCCAGGCUGAUACCACAUUCCUAGAAGAGGAGGCUGUGAAUACACCAACGGUUAAUGGCUGCCUGAUGGAUCCUCUACCCCCUGUAGCAAUGAGGAAGGGUUGCCAAUCUCUGCCGAGCAAUAUGAUGGAGACCUCUAUCGACGAAGGAAUUGAGACAGAAGAUGACUCUGAGGAGGAUCCGGCUGCGGCGUUUGCAGCAUUUCAAGGCAGACGUAGUGGGCAGAGACGUCACACUCUGGCAGAAGUGACCAACCAGUUAGUGGUCUUGCCCACUGUAGCACCAGACAUGGAAGGCAAACUUUUCACUAUCGGUAACAACCCAUCUCUGGGAAGCGUCGACUCUGAAUACAACGGGGGAUCUGUUCAGAGCGACCUCAACUUUCAGGAAGAUACUGGAGUUCUGAAGGAAGUGGCUAUGGCUAACCAGUCUGUCACCAGGCUUACUCCACCGUAUAUAGGUUUACGGCCUACCACCCUGGCCAUGCCAGCGAUGUCUUCUGAAAAGCGUGAAGCACACAACAGGUCUCCAGUCAGUUUUCGCGAAGGAAGACGGGCUUCUGACACCUCACUAACACAAGGAAUCGUGGCAUUCCGGCAGCACCUUCAGAACUUGGCAAGAACCAAGGGCAUCCUAGAGCUCAAUAAGAUCCAAAUGCUAUAUGAGCAAAUGGGACCUACUGAAGAUCCAAAUCUCACACCCCAUAACCUAGAAGAUCCCAACCACCCCCAGACGAGUCUCUGUGCACAGCUUCAGAAUAUUUCAGCAUUCCCGAAUAACCUGCAACCUCCGCUACUGUCCAGGCGUCAGAGUUUGGAGACCCAGUAUUUACAGCACAGGCUGCAGAAAGGGAGUCUGCUGGUAAAAGCUCAGAACAGUUGCCCGCUGUACUGUAAGGAAACACCCAGAAGUUUGGAGCAGCAACUUCAGGAACACAGGCUACAUCAGAAGCGGCUCUUCUUGCAGAAGCAACCACAGCUACAGGCUUAUUUCAACCAGAUGCAGAUAGCGGAAAACACUUAUCCAAUGCAAGGGCAGCAGCUCCCAUUAUCACACCAGGAGUCCAUGCAACAGAAUCAGUUCAGCUUGUCACAACCACUGAGCCCGGUACUGGAACCCGCGUCUGAUGAAAUGCAAUACGAUCCAUUCUUAAGUCAGUAUCACAAGCUGCAUUCCCAGCAGAUGCAACACAUGGUACAGCCCAGUCAACCACAGGUCCUAACCCAAGUUCACAUGCAGCAGCAGCCCUUACAGUAUGCCUACCAGACAUGUGAAUUACCUGGAGUGCCAACACUUGAAUCGGAGUAUACAAACCAAUGCCAGUAUUCUAUAGAUACAAGUCAACAAAGCGGAGUGGCAUUACACGAUGCCCAGGGUAAUCUAACCGGACACGAUCCUCAAGCAUCUUACAAAACAUUGAACCUCAACGAGCCUUAUGACUGUGAGAUGAUGGAAACUGUUGACUCUCAGCACAGUGGCUAUGUUUUAGUCAAUUAGUCCCUUCAGAAGAAUUACUGUAUCGUGUCAGUAGGUUUUAAGAUGUAGGAGGAGAAAGUUUACUUGUAACUACUUUUUUCUUUUUCCCGAAUGAAGAAGAAGUCUACUUGAUAAGGAAUCUAGCCUACAGAGCAGAAUUGCGUCUCUGGAUUUCUCAAAUGUUACAAGUCCUGUACAGGCAGAGAAAAAAAAGGCGUCCUGCGAGGAAUUCAUUAGGACAUUUUCUGGAUCUUCUAGUGGAGAAGACCCUGACCUUCUGAAAAACAACAAACUUGGCUACUAGAUUAGCACGCUGGUCCUCCAAGGACCUGCAAUAUGGAGCUUUCGUAUGCCGAAGCACCUUUUGAAAGCAAUAUAGUUUUCUUUCUUUUUUUUCUUUUUUUUUUUUCAGGACAAAAAGUGUAUAAUGACCCUAACGUUGCGGUCAAAAACUUCUUGUAAAUGAACUUUAGAAAAAAACUUUUAAUCUAAGCUACUGAGAGAGGCAGCAAGCACCUUCCCAAACAAUAUGGAGAAGCAAAGAACUGACUCUAGUGACCAGAUACUACACUACUGUUUGGAGGUACACAUGUCACGAUGAACCUCAGCAAAAUAAAAGCGACUUGGUGUGAUGACCUCGAUAAGAGGUGACGCCGAGUGGACUUGAUUUGCUCGAAGCAAAAUUAACUGAACAGAAAAUAAGCUUCCUAUAUUUCAUGGACAGCAUGGGUUUUGAGAUUCUAGAUAACUGUUUGGCAGUAGACCAGGAUGUGUCGUACAUUGGUGGUGGAGACAUUAUGUAGACCUCCUUGGAAAUUCAGUAGGUUUCGGGAGGUGACACAAUUGUUACGAAACUGUAAAUUUUUAGCAUAAUGAAGAAAUAAUAAUCUCGACUGUGUUUUUAGGUCACAGUAAUACUAUACGUUGCUGUUUGUCGACAAAGCUUUGUACAUUUGUUAAAACUAUUUAGAUUUUAGUCAGGAAAACUCGAAAUGAGCUACAAAAAAAAUGGUGUGAUGUGCGGUAGUUUUGUGCCUUUAUGAGUUCUUUUACAUAGAGUACACGUUACUUUUUUUUUUUUUUUCAAGAUUGAAACCAGUUAGACCGUACCCCAUUUCUAUCAAUGCUACAUCCAAAGUCGAUUCAGAGUUUGUGUGUAUUUACGUCUGUUCCACUGUGUGGAAAGCAAAAAGCGUUUUAAUUCAAUGUUUUUGAUUGCUUGUUUGUAGAAAGGAAAUGUUUUAAGAAGUAUUAUAGCAAUAUUUAAUUCUAUUUAAUGUCAUGAACUGUUGAUAUUAACCGUGGCAAUCGAUGUUUCAUGAAGAAGCUGGCGCAAGG